CUUCCAGUGCCUAGUUCUGGCUUCGUCUUCGGGGAGCGGCGGAGAUCGAAGGCGGCUCCAAUCUGUUCGUUUCGAGUGAGAAUCCGUCUCCGGAGCUUCGAAUUCUUCUUCGCAUCGAGACUUCCUCGCCAGAUCGGUAAAUUUCGUCCCGGAAAAUUCGUAGUGCUGCUGUCUCCGGAGAUUCCACUGCUGGUUGGACUGUAAUCUGCGCCACUUUUUCUGGACGUGCUUCUAGGUGCAGAUCUGGGCUUGGAUUUGUUUAGGGUUUGCGAUCUCCGUUGUGAAAAGUGGAAGUUGUUCCGAUCAGUGUAGUUGUUGCCGAAUUGAGUGAGGGUUCACUGGGUUUGUCAACCAUCGAAAUCCCUGAUUUUGUGUACUUGGAACUGACUGCCGUCCCCAUUCUGGCAUGAUGUGGAAGCAACUCCUCAGUAAAAUACCUCGAAAAUCCUCCAAAUCUGAUACUUCUUCGGGUUCGAUUCGUGGACAUGGAGGCAAUGAUGGUGUGCCUUCGGGUGACGGGAACCAGAUCCAGCGGACAGGCAGUGGUAGUGUGCUUCCCUCCCGGGCAACCACAACGAAGAGGACAGCUUCCGCUAUCUUCCCUUCCAGUGUUGUCACCAGCAUCGAACCUCUUCUUACAUUCAGAGAUGUUCCUGCUGCAGAAAAACAGAACCUUUUCCUCAGCAAGUUGAACCUUUGUAAUGCUAUCUUUGAUUUCUCAGAUCCAAACAAGAAUUCCUCGGAGAAGGAAAUGAAACGGCAGGCGCUACUAGACCUCAUCGACUAUGUUGAUGCCGGGACGUCUAAGUUCAUUGAACCUGUUAUCUCUGCUAGCUGUAAAAUGUUUGCUGCUAACUUGUUUAGGGCCUUCCCUCCAAAUUCACGAACCAGCACUAGCGGUGGGGAGACUGAAGAGGAAGAACCAAUGUUCGAUCCUGCAUGGCCCCACUUGCAACUUGUUUAUGAUUUGUUACUGAAGUUCAUAGAGUCCUCAUCAUUUGAUGCUAAGAUAGGUAAGAAAUAUGUGGAUCAUUUCUUCAUCGUGAAAUUGCUUGAUCUAUUUGAUUCUGAGGACCCCAGAGAAAGGGAUUGCUUGAAAACCAUCUUGCACAGAAUCUAUGGAAAAUUUAUGGUGCAUCGCCCUUUCAUCCGAAAAGCAGUCAGCAAUGUAUUUUACCGGUUUGUGUUUGAAACAGAAAAGCAUAAUGGAAUUGCAGAAUUACUAGAGGUUUUUGGUAGUGUUAUCAGUGGGUUUGCACUGCCACUGAAAGAGGAGCACAAAAUCUUUUUGGUGAAGGCUCUGCUACCUCUUCAUAAACCAAAGACAUUAGGGGUUUAUCUUCAGCAGCUAACGUGCUGUGUGGCACAGUUUGUGGAGAAAGAGCCUAAAUUGAUAAAUUUGGUGAUAAAGGGCCUAUUGAAGUAUUGGCCAAUAACAAGUAGUCAGAAGGAAGUUAUGUUUUUGAGUGAGUUGGAGGAAGUAUUGGAGGCUACCAACACGGUGGAGUCCCUGGAUUGUGUGGUUCCAUUGUUCCAGAGAAUUGCUUUAUGUGUCACCAACUCCCACUUCCAGGUCGCUGAGAGAGCCCUAUUCUUGUGGAACAAUGACCAUGUCAUUAAUCUGGUUUCGCAAAAUAGGCAAGCAAUCAUGCCACUUAUUUUACCUGCCCUAGAGAGGAACAUCCAAUGUCACUGGAAUCAAGCUGUUCUUAACCUAACACAAAACGUGAAGAAAAUGUUAUCAGAGAUGGAUCCAGAACUCUUUACAGCAUGUGAAAGACAACAUAAUCAGGACGAAGAGAAGCGAAAGGUAACAGAGGAGACGCGGAGGAUGAUCUGGGAGCGUCUGGAGACUAUUGCAUCCUUCCAGUCAGUGACUGGGAACACGCCGGUCCUGGUAAGACCUACAAUCACCCCUUCGAUAGCUGCUGUUCUUUCGUGAAAAUAUUAGAAAACCAGAAGAAAGUGGCUUUAAUGUAUCCCAGUGUUGGGAUUUGUUUUCAUAUCACUAGUCAGAAAUCCUCACUGAUGGUAAUGCUUGUAAGUAAUUGAAACCUUUCUAUGUGCUUGGUGUCGUUGAAGAGCA